CCAUUAACUACUACAAAAUGUCUAUGCCAUCUCAUUUUGUGUGUGUGCAGGAACACUUAUAUAAAGCUCACAUGUGACGUUCCAUUAGAGCAGACUGUGCUUCUCCUUCGACUCCCAAGUGAUAAUCAUAGACUCGAUCAAUAACCUGUCUCCAAUGGAGGUGAUCAGGUGCUUGCUGCUCUUGGCUGUCCUCUUUCUGGCUGGAGCUCAUGGUGGGGAAGCGCAGCCGCUUGUGCCGGGGCUCUUCACGUUCGGCGACUCGUCGGUGGACGUAGGUAACAAUGACUACCUCCACACCCUCAUCAAGGCUGACUUCCCUCCCUAUGGCAGGGACUUCCAGGGCCGUGUGGCCACUGGGAGGUUUUGCAAUGGCAAGCUGGCCACCGAUAUUACUGCUGAUACGCUGGGGUUUACUAGCUACCCUCCUGCAUAUCUCAGCCCUGAGGCGUCAGGGCAGAACCUUCUAAUUGGGGCCAACUUUGCAUCUGCUGGAUCUGGCUAUUACGAUCACACGGCACUUAUGUAUCAUGCCAUCUCUUUCACCCAACAAUUGGAGUACUUCAAAGAAUACCAGUCCAAGCUGGCCGCAGUGGCUGGAAGCAGCCAGGCUAAGUCCAUCGUUACGGGCUCAUUGUACAUCAUCAGCUUCGGUGCAAGUGAUUUCGUUCAGAAUUACUACAUCAACCCUUUGCUCUUCAAGACCCAGACUGUCGACCAGUUCUCUGACCGCCUAGUCAGCAUCUUCAGGAAUUCCGUGACGCAACUUUACGGUAUGGGAGCACGGCGAGUUGCUGUGACGACCCUGCCACCGCUGGGCUGCCUCCCGGCGGCAAUCACGCUGUUCGGCCACGGGAGCAGUGGGUGCGUGUCAAAGCUGAACAGCGACUCCCAGAGGUUCAACAGUAAGAUGAGCGCUGCCGUCGACUCUCUGUCAAAGCAGUACCAUGAUCUCAAGAUCGCGGUCUUCGACAUCUACACACCUUUGUACAGCCUCGUCACCUCUCCUGAAUCACAAGGCUUCACCGAGGCGAAGCGAGGAUGCUGCGGGACAGGGAAGGUGGAGUUCACGGUGUUCCUCUGCAACCCCAAGUCGGUCGGGACCUGCUCAAACGCGACGACCUAUGUGUUCUGGGACGCUGUCCACCCAUCGGAGGCAGCGAACCAAGUGAUCGCCGAUUCUCUCCUCACUGAGGGCAUCAACCUGGUCACAUAAACCACUUCCAAGCGUCUUGGAAGUUGGAAGGAAAAUAAUUUGGUGAAAAACUCUGUUCCAAGCUUGUCCAUGUAGAGAGGUUACUUAUUUCAGGUUGUGGCAACCGUGUCAGUGCAGUAGGGAGACAUGGUUUACAAACAGCUCAUAAGUUGCCGGUGCACAAGGGUCCUGAAGACCUCUGUACUGGAUCUUUUUCUUUUCUUUUUACGGCACCGAAAUUUGAUCAUCUUGUUCCAUAAAUGAUCUUUCGAACGGACGCCUCAUUUCAAGUUCUGUGUGACACGGACACAGUGCAAAUCAAGCUGUGGUUUAACGACUUUAGUGAACUUUUAGUUGCAUGGAUUAA